AUAAGGAUAUUUUGCUUUGACUUGCAGGCAAUAUGGCCCGUGCAUGAUCCCCAGGCUUUCCAGAAAGAAACAGUUCCUUUACAGCCCUUCUGGAGAGAGAAGACUUCUCUGACGGAGAUCACCCCGAGAUCACUCCCAGACAAAGAGCUGGUCCCAUCCAGGGCUUUCCCCACGGGUGUGUGAGAAACACCAUGGCUGCUGCCAGCAACAUCAUGAAGCAACUGCAGUCGGCACUAACCUGCUACAUCUGCCAGAGAGGUUUCUUAAACCCUGCCACUCUUGACUGUGGGCACAACUUCUGCCACAGCUGCAUCCUGACUCACUGGCAGGAAAGCGGGUCCGAAGCCGCCUGCCCCAGCUGUCAGGAGAAAAUCCUGAGGAUCAGCUUUCCAUUAAAUAAGCAACUGGUUAAUAUUGUUCAGCUCACCCAAGACCUGGCCGAUCAGGUAAGGCGAGCGGCAGGCAGGCAGGAGCCCUGCCGGGAGCACCAGGAAGCGCGGCAGUCUUUCUGCAUGGAUGACCUUGUCCUCUUUUGCUCUGCUUGCGACGCAUCUCGAGAUCACCAGUCCCACCGUGUCCUUCCUGCGGAGAAAGCUGCCGAAGAUUACAAGCAUCACUUUUUAACAUGUGCAACAAUUCUACAGAAGGAGAAGGAAAAGAUUUAUAAGAAUGACAGUGCUGAAGAAACUGAGUGUAUGAAAUUAUCGAAACAGAUGUUCAAAGAGAAGAAUGCUAUGGUGGCUGAGCUGGAAGAACUGCAGCAUUUUGUGGCAGAACAAGAAACGUUUUUGCGGACUGAGAUCAUGGAAAAAACAGAGAAGGAUAUGACCUGGCGCAAGAGUGUGCGGACAGCCGUCCUUUUCAGAGAAGAGUUGACUUUUGAUGACAUCAUCCGGGAGUUGAAGGAGAAAGACGGGGAGCCACCCUUUGACCUCCUCCAGGAUAUUAGAGACCCUUUGGAGAAGUGCAAGAAAAAGUUUCUGGAUAUUGAGACUUUCCCAGUUCAGCUCAAAAUGCACAUUUUUGAGCAAUUGGAUUUAAGCUUCUUCAUGCGGUCUGUUGUGUACCAGUUCAAAGGGAUUCUGUUAUCCGGAUAUCAAACGCAGAAAGCAAACGUGACUCUUGAUCCGGACACAGCUCAUCCCAGGCUCAUUCUGUCUGAGGAUCGUAAAAGUUUACGACUAGGAAGCGAACACCAAAAUUUGGCAGAAGACGACCGGAGAUUUGACCUGCUGACGUGUAUUUUGGGUUAUGAGCAAUUCAUUGCACGUGGCCGAUAUUACUGGGAUGUUGUUCUGGGAGGGACGGGUUCCUGGGCUGUGGGGGUGGCCAAAAAGUCUCUGAGGAGAAAGGGCUUGGGUGACUUUCUGACACAGGAGGGGGUCUGGGUCAUGUUCAGGAUUAAUAGGACGCAAGGAUUUAUCGGUGCUGGGAACGAUGUAUUUGUGCCCGUAAGACAGAGAAUCAAGAGGAUUCGGGUAUACUUAAACUACAUUGCAGGCCAGAUAGCCUUUUGUGACCCUGACAAAGGGGUCAUGCUCCAUGUAUGCACAAAAGCCUUCUUCCUUGGAGAACCUGUUCUGCCUUUUUUUUGGAUUCAUGGGAGAGCAGACCUCUCCCUUCCUUUCUGAGGUGGCAGCCAGCUUACCUUCCAGGCCUUGCUGUCCAAAGGCAGUGACCUUAGCUGCUCCUGCACUCAUUCCUGACUUCAGUCUCCCUUUUAGCUCACUUCUUUUCUCUUGGGCCCCAAAGCUGCUUGCCUGGACAGAUGCGGAUCAAGAAAUGUGGGUCUGGUCUUCAGAGUCAGUAUUAUUUUUUAAAUUUGUGUUGGAGUCUCAAGAGUGAAUGAGGAGCCUCCUCUGAGAUUUCCAGUGAAUUGUGGAUCUUGAUGAACAGGCUGAAUCUAGCUUAAUUAUAUUCCAAAGAGGGGCACUCUGAUUAAUCACAUCAAUAUGAUUUGCAUUAAAGCAGAUCUCAGUGUUCACAGCUUUGUACAAGAGCACCUUGCACCUCUAUAAUGUAUAGGAACACUUGUGUUUUGGGGUUGUUUUUUAAUGUAUUUUACUUAAGGUUUAUUUUCGUAUUGCUUUGGAAUUCAACUUCUGGCUCAAAUAAAAACUGGCUAUUUUAA